GAAAAACCGAGCAGAUUGACCAAAAGGGGACUUCGGCACAAUCAGAAUGGCGGAGGACAUCCAUGCAUUGACUUAAAAUUCGUUCACAAUGUUUGGGAAUAUACCCAUCAUCAACGCUACAAUAGAUCUGUGUAACUCCACCUCGCAGAUUGUUCAUGUUUGUAGACUUACUUCCGGUGUCAGACUCAUUGAAAAUGGAAAGGGGGUCACCUACAGAUGCUGGACAGACAAAGGCUGGGUCCAGGGACUCCCUCGCUGCCCCCGACCCAAAUCAGGAAGCAGAGCUGAGCAGCAUGGCCAUGGUGUGGUCCAUCCAAGAGGCGGUGGAGCGGCAGACCCUGCAGAUUGGCGUUUCGGCAUGCGGCGCCACGGCAGUGGUGGACGUCCUGCAGGCUCUGGGCAUCACUAUGGCAGCUGAGUUGGUGGACGACUGCGUUAGGACACGCCUGCGGCGGAAUGAAUCCCCUCUGCCGGACUACCUGCACUCACGGAGCGAAGCAGGUGCCACCCACCAGCAGCUGAUAGCUGGAGCAGAGCAGGCCAGUGAUGGCAGGGUGUUGGGCCGAUUCUUCUCCCUGCACCCUCAACGCAAACUGAGACUGGCGCCCUGGCUGGCCAGUUGGAUCCGCAGGGGCGCCGUGCCCGUGGCCACUAUGAACAUGCAGCGGGCAGUGCCCGCCGGAGAGGAGAUACCUGAUGCCUGGCACCACCAGCUGAUAUUCGGGGUGGGACCCAAUGCUGUGUUUAUGACCAAUCCUCUAGAUGUCGUAAGUGAGGGGGCGGUGCACGAGCGUCUCUGCAGUGAGUCAGUCCUCCUGAUUCGCCGAGAAGAUGUGCUGCAGAGAUUGACAAGUGAUGUCCCUCUAUCAGCAAUCUCAGAUCACCCUGACCCUCGGUGGAAAGGUCUCGAUGUGGAAGGUCAGGUGAAGCAGAUGAUCAGUGAGGACGAUCUGAGUGAUGAGGAGCACUCCAAAAGGACACAUAUUGUGAUCCCUGCUGCUUACAAGUCUGGCAUCACUCUAUUCGCCCUCAGAGACUCUGAAGUUGGGUGCAGUCUGCUCCAGGCCCCUGAGCUCCCUAUGCAAUGAUCGGACUAUCUUGCUCUUCAUUAAAUGUGGCACAGUGAUGACUUUAUACCCUUGUGACUUUUACUAUCUGUGACAUUUCAGUUUUUGCCGGUGAUGGAUGAUGAUAAGAGGUCAGCGGGGCUUGUUAAAUGUGCCGUAUAUACAUACAGUAUUUGAUAUGCCAUUAAAGAGGAUGUGAAUGUAACUUAUUCUUUUUACAUUAGGCCUAUGCAGUGGGGGGCACUCUGUGUCAAAUCAGACAAAAUCCAGGAAAACGGUUGCUGCACCAUCUCAGAUUUUAAGUUGUUUAGGUCCCAAAACUUAGACCUGUGAAAUAUGUAUUACAUUUCAACAUUUUCAUACAUUUGUCACCCUCAGAGAUUAUCUUGAAGGCCCUGUUUGGGCAUUGGUAUCGUGAAAAGUAUUGUUUCUAGCCUGCCCAAACUUUUUGUAGGGUGGAAGACAGUCAUGUUUUGGUAUGAUAAGACCGUUUAAAGUUUGUAGCCUACUUCAUGUCCAUUUGUUUUAUUUAAGGCCUUAAUUGGGGGCCUUAAAUAAAUUGAUAUUGAGGGUCUUGUAAACUCA